CGCAUUAGAUCAUCAAUCAAGUCCUUGUUCUCAAUUUGUAAUCAAUCUGGCGGAAUUAAUUCCCAAGGCUUGCACUCCUGGCCUGAAUGUCGCCUGGUCGCAUAGAACAUAGUCUCCUUCAAACGUUGUUAAAUGGCAUGGAUUCACUUUACAGCCAAUGCCAACAAGAUAAGUACGAUCAAGGUUCUGUGGCCAUUUAUUUUUUGUAGCUCUUCUCAAAGUUCACCAAGAGCUCUCUUAUUCUGUUGUAACCACUCGGUCAAGAACAACCUUCACUUUUUUUUUUCUGAGCAGAACUGACCAUAAGUAUGGCGGCUAAUGCUGAGGUCGACGCAAACGCCUACACGGCUCCCUUCAUGCUCACCAAAUCGCUGCAUCGCGAUGUCUACCCCGCGGUGGACCCAGUAAACAACCCGUCGGUCCGCGCUGAUGGAAAGGUCGUGAUUGUCACUGGUGCGAGUGGUGGUCUUGGCUUCGCAGUUGCAAAGUCGUUCCUACAGGCUGGUGCCAAAGGCGUGGUGCUUGUGGCCCGGACUGCUGAGAAGCUCGAGGCUGUCACUGAGGACUUGGCAGAUCAUUCCCGCGUGCUCACUAUCUCUGGCAACGUGGCGUCUCAGGAGGACGCCGACAAGGUCUUCAAGGAGGCUGUUGAACGUUUCGGUCAAGUCGAUGUCCUCGUCAAUGCUGCGGGCGCCAUGAACGUUGCACCCAUCGACCAAAUCAGCUCUUCGGCCUGGUGGGAGAACUUUGAGGUGAACGUUCGCGGCACAUUUAAUGCGAUUCAGGCUUUGGUCAAAACCACCGGCGGCAAGGGAACGAUCAUCAACUUGGUCAGCCUGGGAGCAUCUUUUGUUGCUCCCGCCAUGUCGGGCUACAGCGCAUCUAAGCUCGCUGUCAUCAAGCUUGGCGAAUGCCUGGACGUUGAGCAGCCUGGGCUCCGUGUGUUCUCCAUCCACCCUGGAAUGGUCGAGGCAGAGAAGGGCCGUGGCAUGGUUGUGCCACCUUUCCUGCCUUUUUCAAAGGACAAGGCGGCCCUUACUGGUGGCCUUUCUGUUUAUCUUUCCACUGAGAAGGCAGAUUUCCUAAAGGGAGGUUACAUCCAUGCUAACUGGGACGUGGAAGAGUUGGAAAAGCAUCAAGAGGAGAUUGCAGAGAAAAAGCUUAUCAAGCUUGCUUUCCUCAACGGCCAGCUCCAGCCUGGUGGCUACCCGUGGGGCACAGCUUGAACAGGGAUACGCAACCCCGAGCCAAAAUGAACUGGAGGAGGUGAUCCAGGCCAGAUCAGCAGAGGUAGACUAGUCUCUUUUGUACAGGUAAUAUGAAAUAAGAAAUUGCCGCGCUUAAAA